AUGGAUUUGUUUCGCAUUGCGGCGGUCCUUUGCGCCCCAGCUUUAGCUUGGGGUCUCCAACUCCUCCCGCCAACUCUCGAAGCCACGAGUGCCCCUGCAGGAGCUGCCUGGCAAGUCGCAUCGAGCUCAAAGAUCAUCUACAUCGAUAAUAGCUUCGCCUCCAAGGUUGAUACGGAUGGUCUGACCUUGAUCCCACCCAGCAGCUAUGACUUCGCCAGCCUCUUCCAGGAAGACAUCAGCCAGCUCACGGGCGUCAACUGGACUUUGAAGCGCGUCGAUCGCCUUCCAAAUUCUGCUAAUGCAAGCGGCAUUUUUCUUGGCUCAUUCAACGGCAACGCUUCAUCUAUCACGUACGAGAAUGGCAGCCCAACGUCUGAGGGCUAUUUACUCGAUAUUUCACCCAUCAGCGCAUUCAUCGGCGGAACAGGCGCCCGCGGCAUGUGGUGGGGAACCAGGACGUUACUCCAACUGUUGCUCUUGCAGAAUGGGACUCUCCCUGUAGGACGUGCCAUUGAUGCGCCAGCAUAUGCUACGCGUGGCUUCAUGCUCGACGCUGGGCGCAAGUGGUACGCACCAAAGUUUCUCAAGGAACUGUGCAGCUACGCCUCUUUCUUCAAGAUGAGCGAGUUCCACUACCACCUGAGCGACAACUACCCUCUCAAUCGCGGACAGAAUGACUCCUGGCAGGAUGUUUACUCGCACUUCUCGCUGCGACCAGAAGAUGAAUCUCUGCUACCAAUUCUUCAUGGCCGCGAGAACGAGACGCUGUCUCGUGAAGAUUUCGCUGAUCUUCAGAGUCAUUGCGCGGCAAGGGGUGUAACAGUCAUCCCCGAGAUCGAGGCCCCUGGCCACUGCUUAUACCUGACCAAGUGGAAGCCUGAACUUUCUCUGGCGAAGCGCGACCUUCUGAAUCUCUCACAUCCCGAGGCAAUUCCAACGGUCAAGCGCAUAUGGUCCGAGUUUCUUCCAUGGUUCGAGACGAAAGAAGUGCACGUUGGGGCGGACGAGUACGACGCAACGCUGGCUGAUGUGUACAUUGGGUUCGUGAAUGAAAUGUCAGAGUUCAUCAAUUCCACAGCUGGCAAGCGGAUUCGUAUCUGGGGCACAAACGAGCCCUCACAAAAUGUCACAAUUUCCAAGGACGUCAUCAUCCAGCACUGGCAGUACGGCCAGUCGGACCCAGUGCUACUUACCAAUACCGGAUAUGACAUUGUCAACUCGGAGGACUGGUGGGCGUAUAUGUCGCUCAAGAAUGACCACAUGCCCAUUCUCCCCGCUAAAUACCCGCAGUUUUUCAAUGAGAGCCGCGUGCUCAACUUCGCCGAGGAGCCCGGAUGGCAGUGGACGCCCGCCGACUUCAAUCCUUUCAAUAAGACCAUGCAGGUACCUGAUGGAUCGCACUUCAACAAAGGUGCCGUCUUAGCCGCGUGGAACGACAAUGGCCCCGACGCCUCCACUCAGCUCGAGGCAUACUAUGCAAUGCGUCGGGGUAUAGCGCUCACUGGAGCCCGCGCGUGGAGCGGCAGCCGAGGUCCGGAGCUCAUCGCAGAUGAUGUGGCGUCCAGCGUUGACUUCUUCUCACCUCUUGCGCCGGGGCAGAAUCUCGACCGCGUGGUGCCGUCUACUAGCCCUUCGGCACCUCUGGUUGCAUGGACUCGCUCCGCCAAAGACCCUGAGACAGUGCACCUUGGCCACGGCAGCAAGGGCAUGAAUUACACCCUGACGUUAUCUGUCACAGGACCCUUUGUGCUUCAUGGCCCAGACAACACACUCUCUCUUGACGGCAAUGGUAGCCUCCUCUUUAACACGGACGGUUGGCUGUACCCGCUACGGGCACCCUGGUCGUAUCUGGACGAACGUUUCUACCUCGUCACACGAGGUGGUGUAUUUCUCAACCUUGCCAACGAACAUUACUAUUGCAACAGACGAUUUGCACGGAAGCAUCGCUUGGGCUGA